CAGAUUAAAGGAGGAGCGGAGAGACGCGGCUGAGAUGAGUUUGCGGCGUUUGGCUUCCAAGACGCUUCUCUGCGGGCUCUUGAUAGGGCGCGGCCUCACAAGAGCGAUGUGUGCUCAGGUGACUGACUGGCAGUCAGCCAAGUCCAUUUAUGAGUUCCAUGCCAAGGAUAUUGAUGGCAAUGAUGUCUCGCUGGAGAAAUACAGGGGUCACGUCUGCAUCAUCACCAACAUUGCAUCGGAAUGAGGCAAGACUAAUGUAAACUACACUCAGUUUGUCGAAUUGUAUAGUAGAUAUGCUGAGCGAGGUUUACGCAUUCUAGCUUUCCCCUGCAACCAGUUUGGCAAGCAGGAGCCAGGUACAAAUGAAGAGAUUAAAGCAUUUGCUGAAGGUUAUGGAGUAAAAUUCGACAUGUUUAGCAAGAUUGAUGUCAAUGGGGAUGGUGCUCAUCCUCUCUGGAAGUGGAUGAAGAGCCAGCCCAAAGGGAGAGGCACUCUAGGAAACGCUAUAAAAUGGAAUUUUAGCAAGUUCCUGAUCAACAGGGAAGGACAGGUGGUCAAGAGAUUCAGUCCAAUGGAUGACCCAUUUGGGAUGGAGAAGGACCUGCUCCGUUACCUGUAAGCCUUGGCUUGCCUCCUGCCAGCUCUGGCUGUGCUCAGCUGACGUUCCUCUGCUUUGCUUGUGAAUUUUGCCUGGAUGAUGGCUUGUCUCCAAGCCAAACUUGUUUGGUGAGGCAGGCCUGAGAUAUUUGGCACAAGUUCACAGGGAGGGCUAGGUGGAAUGUCUGUAUUUGCACCCCAGACCACGCCAUCCAUCUUGUAGAAAUAAAAGCAUGUCUUUUUUUUUUGACUGA